UAAAAGAGAACGAGAGGAAUGGGAGAGACAGGAACAAGAAGCAAGACGAAGAAGAGAUGAAGAGGAGGACAGAAGGAGAAAGAUAGAGCAGGAAACAUGGGAUGACUAUUAUCAGAAACUUAAAAGAGAGAGAGAAAGAAGACAGAGAGAGAGAGAAGAUCUUCAGUUCAAACAUGAACAAGAUAGAGAGAGAAUGAAGAUGAUGGAGAAAGAAAGACAGAAUCAUGAAAAAGAAAGAAAGAGAAGAGAAGAUGAAUAUAUAGAAAGAGAAGAACAAUAUAAAACAGACAUUAAAAAUAUAGAAGAACAAGAGAGAGAGAUACGAGAGGAGCUGAAGAGAGAACAAGAAGAAUGGGAGAAACAGAAACAACAGGAACGAGAAAGAGAAGAAGAGGAAGAAGAAGAAAGACAUAUAUUUAAUGAACUUUACACCGAAAGUUCUGAGGAUGAUGAAGAUUCAUCAUCAGAUUCAGAAUGUUUGAGAAUCUUAUUGUUUGGGAGGACAGGAAGUGGAAAGUCUGCAACAGGAAACACUAUCCUCGGAAACGAUGAGUUCCACAGUGAAGCCAGUUCACGUUUGGUGACCACUGUUUGUCAGAAGGGAGUUGGUGAAGUUGAUGGUCAGUCAGUAUCUGUUAUUGAUACUCCAGGACUCUUUGACACAACACUGACAAAUGAACAAGUGCAGGAAGAAAUAUUGGAAUGUGUUUCACUGUCAGCACCUGGACCACAUGCGUUCAUCAUUGUGCUGAGUGUGGGAAAAAUCACUCCAGAGGAGAAAGACACUAUAGACAUGAUCAAGAUGAUCUUUGGCUCAAAAGCAGCAGAUUUCUGCAUUGUUCUCUUCACUCGAGGAGAUGAUCUGAGAGGACAAACAAUAGAGCAAUAUGUAGAGAAAAGUAAAGAUGCUGAUCUCAAGAAACUGAUCAGUGACUGUGGAAACAGAUUCCUGGCUUUUAACAAAACAGAAACACAAGAUCAGACACAAGUUACUCAUCUGUUUAAUAUGAUAGAAGAGAUGAAUCAAGGCCAAUACUUCACUAAUGAGAUGUUUUAUGCGGCAGAGAUCUCCAUUGAAAAAAUAAGGGAAAUAAUAAAAGAGAAUGAAAGACAAAGUCAGACUAAAGUUAAAGAAUUAAAAGCCAAAUAUGAUAUGGAAUUUGAAAGCAUGAAAAAGACACUGAAGGAAAAAAAACAAAAGAUACAUGAGGAAAAACAGAGGCUGAAGAACAAGUUCAGAGAACAAGAGGAAACACUCAGGAGAGAGUUUGAAGAGAAAGAAAAAUCAGAUCAGGAGAAACAAGAGACGGAGGAUCAGAAACGAUCAGAAGACGAGAAACAGCAAAUAUAUAAAUAUAAUCUGAGAAUAGAGAAGAUGAAGAGAGAGACUGAAGAUCAGAGAAUACAGUAUGAAAAACAGCAAAAAGAAAGAGAAGAAGAAGAAGAUAGAAUGAGAGAAGAAGAGUUUAAACAAGAUCAAGAAAAAAUGAAAAAUGAUCAUGAACACAUCAUGGCAGAGUUAAGAAAAAAGCAGGAAGAGGAAAUAAAAAAGAGAGAUUCAGAGGAACAAACGAGGAAGGAACAAGAAGAGAAAGGGAGAGAGGAAUGGGAGAGAAAAAUAAAAGAGGCUGAAAGUGACAAAGAGACUCAAGAGGAAAUUAAACAACAGCAGAGAGAAUGGGAGGAAGAGAAGAACCGACAGAUGAGAGAACAAGAGGAAGAGGAAAGAGAGAGAAAAGAGAGACAUGAGAAACAGCUGAGAGAAAAACAAGAAGAACUGGAGAAAAUAAGGAAGAAAUUUGAAACCAACAGAGAAGAAGAAGAACAGAUUAUAGAGGAGGAGAGAGAGAAACGGAAAAGAGAGACAGAACAGAAGAAGAGAGAAUAUGAAGAAAAGAUAAAUGAAAUGGAGAGACAUUGUGAGCAGCUGGAGCGAGAGAGAAAAGAGGAGAGGAGGAGAAGGAAACGAGAGGAUGAAGAGAGACGAGUGGAGAAGAGAAAGAGAUGGGAGAAAAUGAUGGAAGAUCUGAAACGAGAGCAAGAGGAGGAGAUCAAUAGAAGAGAGGAGAGAGAAAGAAUAGUCAGAGAAGAAAAAGAGUGUGAUGAAAUGAAACAGAAACAUAAAGAACAAAUAGAGAAGAUGAAGAAGAAACAUCAAGAUGAAGCCAGAAAAUUUAAUGAUUUCAGAGAGAGAAAAGAACAGCACAUUCAGGAGCUCAAGGAGAGACUUGAAGAGUUUCAAAAACAACAGAAUAAAGUGAAAAGGUUAAGAAUGGACCUAGAAGAUAGAUGGUCAUGUCAUGUCAUGUGAAACAUUAUUGAUCAGCCAAAUGAAUGGCAACUCGACUUUUGUAGUGAAUUUGAAGGGUUUUUCGGUAUUUCUCUUUCUUUCUUCAUAUAAUCAGGAUUAUUCCCACAUGCUCCUGAAGGCUCACUUUCAUACAGAUUUUAAUCACUUACUGAACAUACCUGUCAGUUAUUAAGAGAUCAUGUAGACCUUGAUGAGUGGGUUUGAUUAGAGUUAAAGUUCUGCAGGAGCAGAUUUGAAUAGACCUGAACUAAAAUGAUCACACAAAAUUAAUUUUCUUUUGGUAGAUUUAAAAAAAAUGAUUAAUUAUAGCAGACCAUAAAAGAGAAAAAAGAUAGAAAACUGAUGUCAGCUGUUCAUGGACUGUAAAAUCUCUCAUGCAGUAGAUGAAACCUAAGAUGCUGAUCACAAUAAUACCGUAACUAAAAGGUGUUAAAGGAAGUUUUUAUUUACUUUGGGUGUUUUCAUUUAAUUAUUUGUAGCAUCAUCAUUGUAUUCUGAACAUUAUUCUGAAAUUACGCUGUAUGUUCUGUUAUUUACUGGUGACUAACACUAAAAAUAAAUUUCCUCAUUCACACAGA